GGGAACUCGCCGAUCGUCCGUCACAGUUCGUGGUCGGCCUCUCUUGCGAGGCGCGGGCGCGUCAGUCAUUGCUUCGACCAUCGUGUAUUGCUUUUGAGGCCUUUUCUUUUUCUUGAAGACAUGCAGUGUGAUGUAAUGGAGAAUAUGAGAACGCGAAAAAGACGUGACGGCGUUGCUUUACUCAUCGGGGUGUGUUGUCGGGACUGUUGAAUAAUCGAAAAAUUGGUGGGUCGCCACGAUUGGCCCGAACUGCGCCCAAAGUUUAUGGCUUUGAAAUUGGCUGGAUUUAGAGGAAACAGGCUCUCAUGAACGUCAUCAACUUAUCAAGACCGAGCGCGCCGCAACGAGGAAUAUAAAUCGAAUCAUCGACCUCAUCUAACGCCAUAAUUCUCCAUCUCCAAUGCUCCGAAAUACCUUCAUCCGCAGCAUACAGCGUACAGCUCUCGCAACAUGUCUUCAUUCACUCAGCCAAUGCCAGUAGUUGCCUGCGGCAAAAUACCUGCGAUGGGGAAAUCAAUCUCCCAGCACCUGCUGCCUGAAUAUGAAGUCAUCCACUUCAUCCUGUCAUAUGAGGCUGCAGAGGCUGAGCUCCCGCAUCUGCUUGUAGGUCGCGAUCCUCAGUCUCGGAGCCCCGAUGAGAUCGGAACCCACGAUUACAGCCGGCCUCCUCGCGCGGUAAUCUUCGGUCGCGGCUAUGAGCCUCAGCAGGUUGAAGAACUUAAGAAGAAAUUCGCGGGUGUUGCUAAAGAACCUGUUGCUUGGGUGAGGGGGAAUCCAGCGGAUUUGCCUGCCGGGGCUGCUGGGCCUGACUAUGCUCAGAAUAUCGCGGCGGAUAUGAAGAAGGUGCUUAAAAAAUGGAGGGACGGGGGAGAAAAAGAUGAGGAGAUUUUGGUGUACUAGUUGCUUUGUCGGGGAGAGAUUAUCUAAGGUCAUCAAGGCUGCAGCUGGGAAUGGCGGGGGUGCCAGGAGAUGGUGGCAUUGCUUCUUGAUCAGCGAGGAGACCAGAUUACUAUUACAGAGGAGGUUGUUAGAAGGAAAUUGGCAGAAUGGCAAAGAAGUGUAAGUAGCAAUGUUGGGACCCCGAAUUUUCCACUACCAAUGGUUGUAUGUGCUAAAAAUCAAGCCAAUUCAACAUAUAAGACUCAUUAUACCAAAUAAACUAAUAAAUAGCGGC